AUGGCGCCGGAUCGGUUGAGAAGUCGGACUCUCUCGGCUUUCAAGCUGCGUGGCUUUCUGCUCCGGGGUGAAGCUACUAAAUACCUUCUAGAAGCUCUCCAGUCUAUCAAUGAAGUGGAGCUUGAGGAUGCAUUGGAAAAGAUCAUUGAUGCAGUGGAAAAGCAACCCUUGUCAUCAAACAUGAUUGAACGAUCUGUGGUGGAAACAGCAGUCCAGGAAUGCAGUCAGUCUGUAGAUGAAACAAUAGAACAUAUUUUCAAUAUUAUAGGAGCAUUUGAUAUUCCACGCUUUGUGUAUAAUUCAGAAAGAAAAAAAUUUCUUCCCCUGUCACUGACCAACCACCCUCCACCAACUUUAUUUGGAACAGCAAGAGAUAAAGCAGAGCUGUUCUGUGAACGUUAUACCAUCUUGCACCAGCGGACAUGCAGACAUGAAUUGUUUACUCCUCCAGUGAUUGGGUCUAACCCUGAUGAAAGUGGAAGCAAAUUUCAGCUUAAAACAAUAGAAACUUUAUUGGGCAGUACAACAAAAAUUGGAGAUGUAAUUGUUCUUGGAAUGAUAACCCAGUUGAAGGAGGGAAAAUAUUUUCUAGAAGAUCCAACAGGAACAGUGCAAGUAGAUCUCAAUAAAGCUCAGUUUCAUAGUGGCUUAUACACAGAGUCGUGCUUUGUCUUAGCCGAAGGUUGGUUUGAAGAUCAAGUGUUUCAUGUUAAUGCAUUUGGAUUUCCACCCACCGAACCCUCUUGUACUACUAGGGCAUACUAUGGAAAUAUAAAUUUUUUUGGUGGGCCUUCUAAUAUAUCCGUGAAAAGUUCUGCAAAACUUAAACAACUGGAAGAUGAGAAUAAAGAUGCCAUGUUUGUUUUUGUAUCUGAUGUUUGGUUGGACCAAGCAGAAGUAUUGGAAAAAUUUCGCAUUAUGUUUUCUGGUUAUUCACCAUCACCACCUACCUGCUUUAUACUGUGUGGCAAUUUUUCAUCUGCACCAUAUGGAAAAAACCAGGUUCAAGCUUUGAAAGAUGCUCUAAAAACUCUGGCAGAUAUAAUAUGUGAAUAUCCAAAUAUUCACCAAAGCAGUCGUUUUGUGUUUGUUCCUGGCCCAGAGGACCCUGGAUUUGGUUCUAUCCUACCAAGGCCACCACUUGCUGAAAGUAUUACUAAUGAAUUUAGACAACGAGUACCAUUUUCAGUUUUUACUACUAAUCCCUGCAGAAUUCAAUAUUGUACACAAGAAAUUAUUAUCUUUCGAGAAGACUUAGUAAAUAAAAUGUGCAGAAACUGUGUUCGUUUUCCUAGCAAAAAUUUAGAUAUUCCUAAUCAUUUCGUAAAGACCAUCUUAUCUCAAGGACACCUCACUCCUCUACCUCUUUAUGUGUGCCCAGUGUAUUGGGCAUAUGACUAUGCUCUGAGAGUGUAUCCGGUGCCUGAUCUGCUUGUCAUUGCAGAUAAAUAUGAUCCUUUCACUUUGACCAAUACUGAAUGUCUCUGCAUAAAUCCCGGCUCAUUUCCAAGAAGUGGAUUUUCAUUCAAAGUUUUUUAUCCUUCUAAUAAGACAGUAGAAGAUAGUAAACUUCAAGGUUUUUGA